AUGACUAAAUGCAAAGCAAUUCCUUACCUUUGCAGCAGGGAGUCCCUUUCUUCUGAUAUCUGUAUUUUGUCCCGUCAGGCCUGGGCUCAGACGAGUGCCGCUGGAGAUGGCAGGUUAAAUGGAGAUCACUCUGUUUGGAAGAGAAACUUCCGUAGCGCUCUUCGUGCAAAAGGCUUCAAGAUGAUAUUUGACAAAAAGAACGAUGCCGCUAAUCCACAUAAAGUCUAUCAGUUUCCAUCUGGACCUCAUUCUGCAGCUUUGGGAUCUGAGGGCUCUCAAGAGACUGAUUUCUCACCAGAUCUAUAUGUGGAGGAUAGCGACGUGUUCUCUACACAUCCACCCCAAGGAUUGGAGCAAGAUUUCACAGGACUAAACCUUAAGGAAAGUCCCUCACGAGUUCAUGAAGUUUGGAAUCCAGAUCAGUUAUAUCUGGGGCUCGAAGAUCAAGGACUCUUCCAAGAAACCAGUCCAUGUCCAGAAUCCCAGUAUACCGAGCUCCAUUAUCAGAUAAUGGAUACUCAGGCGCCCUUUUCUUCACCUGAGGGUGGUGUUGGUGUUUUGGGGCAGAUUUCGCCGCCUGAGGGGGCGACGGCUGCGUAUCAACCUGAUGGUGAAUGCGUGGGUCAUCAGGGUAGCAUUCCUAUGCCAAAACUGGAGACAUUUUUUCGGAUUAAGGUUUAUUAUAAAGGGAAGAUGGUGAAGGAACAGUUGGUGGAGAAUGACACUGGUUUCAGACUGACGUAUCAGGGAAACAUGGACGAAUCCAUGGGCAGUGCUGAUCUACCAGUGGUCCGACUACCUAUUGUACUACCAGAAGUUAUUGUGGAUCAGAUCCAGGCCAAGCAUACGAAUGAAAUUCUGAACAAUCUGGGGGGUCUGGAGAUCAGGAGAUUGGAUGGAGUGGUUUGGGGUCACCGUUGGGGAUUGAGCAGGAUCUACUGGGGUCUAUGCAAACACGAAAACAGCCAAACAACCAGAGAGCUCUCCAAAAACACACCUGAGGCCAUCUACUUCUUCAAAGAGUAUAUAUCAGGUUUGAUGGAGUUUAUGCAGACAAGCCGAGAAUCUCCUUCCUGCACUCUUUACCUCUUUCUGGGAGAGAAGUGGCCCGACCCCAAAAUGAAGCCAUGGGAGAAGAAACUCAUCAUGAUAGAGGUUAUUCUGACUUCACUGGAGGAUUUGAAGACGAUGGCUGUCGCAAACGGGGCAUCUUCACUGGAGUCGGUGGAGCUCCAGCUCUCUCUGGAGCAAAUGAUGGAGUUGUGUUAAAAAGAUCAAGAGGAAAGACUUGACUGCACACUUACUGGGCUCCUAAAUUGAAACAGUUUCUUGAACAGUUUACUUAGCGGUGACUCCAUAAUUAAUUGUAUUUAUUGAAGGUGUGUGGACUAAUUCUGGAGAGCAGAAUUUCAGUAAUGGUACAAAGGAAUUGUCAAUGAUUCUGCAGAUAAAAAUACAAAGAUAAGUUUACAAGUGUGGUCAGUUUUAAAAUAGAUCUUGUGUUGUGUGCUAUGAUGAAAGCCGAUUUAAAAAUGGCUAAAAUCCAAGUCUAAUGUGCGUUUCGUUUCUGUUUUACACUACCACAGUUCUCUUACACAAUAUUGUGAAUGAUGUUGUCUAUUUACAGUAUGCUCUUUAGUCUUUUCUUGGCCUGAAUUUCAUUGUUAUAUCUUUGGCAGUAAUCUGAACUGAAUGCGAACUGUUGUUCCAUUGCCGUGUCGUGUUUCUUCAGCUUUCUUUUCAGCUGAUAUGAACUAAGAGAUUGGCAUUUAGUAUUGCGGUCAUGUAAAACCUGGAAAUUUCAAGGAUUUCUAUGCUUUUUCCAGGCCUGUUCUUCAAUGUCGUGGAAACGUCAAGAACAUUUCUAUUCUACAAUAUACAUUGUUGUGGUUAUGCCCUGUUCCAAACAUUUCAUUGGAAAGAUAUUGAUUUUGAAGAGUAAAACCUGAUUGCAAGCCAUGAUAUCAGAUUUUUGAGUGAAUCAUUUGAGCCAGUUCUAUACAAUGAAUCAGUUAAACCGGUUCACGUGCAAGUUUAACAUUUAAUAUUCAGCUAUGUGGAGAGGGAUUUUUGCACCAAUGAGAUUUCACUGUGGGCGGAGCUUCUCAGGGCCACACAACAUAAAUAAAAACCAAGAACCCCACAACAUGUCCUGCCACCUGUUCAGGACACUAGCGGAUACAACUAACUUUUACCACUGAUUCUACAUUCACAGAAAAGAAAUGAACAUUUAACGAACAUAGAGUCCUUCACAACACAUAAAUGCAUUGACUAAUUGAAUAAUUAUGAUG